UGCGCUCUCCCUCUCCCCACUCCCUUUUCCCACAUAGGCGCACUAUCGCUCUCUCCGACUCCCACUCUUCCUCUCUCCGAUCCCUUCACUUCGCAUAGGCGCGUGCGUGGCCUCGCCACUCUCGAAGCUUGUGGCGGCGGCCCCAUCCCCGGUAGUGCGGUGGCAGCCUUCCUACGGUGGUGGGCUAGCCUAACCUGUGAUGUGUGGUUUUAUAUGAGACAAACAUUUGUUGAUCUGUAUUUUUGAUAUGUUUUUCUUUGAUUCAUCGAUCUAUUUCUCUUCUCGAUCUAUGAUUCUUAAGUUUCUUUUUUCAAUCUGUGAUGUAGUCACUAUGAAUUUGAAGAUCUCAGCAGGUGUCAUGGCAUAGGUAAAAGGCCAUAGUACUGUGCCUAGGUCAAGACGGUGACUUGGUGGCACUAUCAGGCAGGCAAGCUACCGUGCUGCGCAGUGCCGUGUCUAGCCGUGCCCGUGCUGCCGUUUGGCCUCGUAUACCUAGUCCCUCUUCGUCCCCGGUUCCCCCUCCACCUCUUGCUUGUCCAGUUCGUCUCCUCAAUAACCACACCCGCACACCUACACCGAGAGGCGGCGACAGAGGGAAGACACAUACACCGUCUCUUUCCUUCCUUUGUCGUCAACUCGUCGUGUCUCUCUGCAUGGACGCCUCCACCGGCGUGCCUUCCAAGCCUGCUUCCGCUGGUAUGGACGUCAUGUCCGCGCCACCGCAUCUGGCGAGCGACGCCGACGGCAGUCGUGAAGAGAAAUACGUGCCGGGAGUCACGGGGUCAGAGGUGGCCUACACGCAUGUGUCAGCAGCAGGGGAGGAGGAGCCGCCGCAGUUCUUAAUAGACUGGUGGGUCACGAGCAUCCGUGAGAGCAUCUCGGCCGAGGAUCUCUGCAACAUCCGUUUCCGCCGCUCCACCAUCCAGGCCGCCACAGCCCGGCUCGGCGGCGGUCGCCAGGGCAAUCUGCAGUUGCUCAAGCUCAUCUUCACUUGGGUGCAGAACAACCAUCAGCGCCCUCGUGACGUGAUGGAGGAGGCGGCGGGCCUGCACGGCCAGGUCUCCAGCAGCCCGCCGGGCGCCAACCCAGUACCAGGAUAUGAGUUCCCCGCGGGUGGACAGCACAUCGCCGCAGGCGGCGGCACAUCCUUGACGCCCCUCAUCCAGCAGCCGUCCACGCCGCCUGCAAGAGCGGCAGGCCAACACCACCUUUUCCACCAGAGCUCCAGCAAGAGCAGUGUGGUUGUGAGCAGACAGCUGUUCUCCCCCGGAUUCGGCGGUCAGUACGCCGGUGCCGCCAGCCACCUGAUCAUGGCAGGUGUGGAGGCCUCGGCGACCAAGGAGAAGCAGAAGGAUGACAGUGUCCAGCGCUUGGCAGCUUAUAAGCGUCAGGGGGCAAAGGCGGAGGAGAAGCUGCGGUUCCUGCUGCAGAAGGAGCUGAAGCAGAGCGACGUCGGGGAACUCGGACGCAUCGUGCUCCCCAAAAUGGAAGCAGAGGUUCACCUGCCGGAGCUCAAGACGAAGUAUGGAAUCUCCAUCCCCAUGGAGGACAUCGGAACAUCGCGCGUAUGGAACAUGCAGUACAGGUUUUGGUCCGACAACAAGAGCAGAAUGUAUGUGUUGGGGAACACUGGGGAAUUUGUUCGUUCCAAUGAGCUUCAGCAGGGAGAUUUCAUAGUGAUCUACUCUGAUGUCAAGUCGGGCAAAUAUCUGAUACAGGGCGUGAAGGUAAAGCCGCCGGACACUACUACAACAGAUAGUGCCCACCUGGUGAGGGAUACUUCCGAGGUUGACUUGGAUGAGGUGGAUAAGAAAAAGGAACGCACAUCUACGGAUGGUGGGAGCUUUAAAUCUAAAUUAUAAAAGAGAGUUUCACUAUGAAAGGCAUGUAUUGGAAUAGAAGAGGACUAUCAGACUUGACUAAAUUUCGUUAUGUCUCAGAUGCAAAUAAUCAUUUAGAUUUUCUAGCUAUUAUGUAGACCGGGAAGAAAGUUUUAUCAAAGACUAAUCAGGUCCACCUAUGUGGAGGCACUGAUUUAGUUAA